AUGGAUGAUUGCAACACCGCUCGGGGCGCUGCUCGCGCCAUCCUCGAGAUGAAGUCCACAACUCGCACGAUAGAGUGUCGCGACCUCAUCGACUCCUGGAUGCAUGACUUCCAGAAAUCCCAUAUCCUCAUUCAUCUUGUCAGCGACCCUCUGUUUGAGGAGAUGGGUCCCUACACCCGUGAGGACAUUAUGGCGCACGCAGCGAAGGCGCGCGACAUGUGGUUCGCAUCUCCAAACCAGUCACUCUACUUCAAGAUGCCUUACGGCACGCCGUACCGAGAUGGGCAGGGUGAUUUGAAGUUUCGCCCAUUCCAGCGGACGUUGCUCGACGGCGGGGCUCUCUUCAUCUCCUGCGAAGGUCUGAGUGCCAUUGGAGAUACGGAAGAACAGACGGCCAGCGCCACCGAGGAGAACGCCGCCGAGGAAGACACCGCCGAGAAGGACACGAAUUGA